UAACAGACCCAAAAGAUAUAGAAAUGUUCAACGUAGAUUGGAAUAAAAACUUCAAAGGAGAAACACCUUUAGUUUUACUUCCUAAAACAACCGAAUAAAUAUCUUAAAUAAUGAAAUAUUGUAAUGAAUAAAAAAUAGCUGUUGUUCCUUAAGGAGGAAAUACAGGUUUAGUAGGAGGUUCAGUAUCUGUACAUGAUGAAAUAUGUAUAUCAUUAAGCAAAAUGAAUUAAAUAAUUAAUUUUGACGAAUAAAAUAGUACUUUAAGUGUAGAAUCUGGUUGUAUAUUGGAAUAAUUAAAUAAUUUUUUAAAACCUCAUAAUUAUGAGAUUUCUAUAGAUUUAGCAGCUAAAGGAUCUUGCUAAAUAGGAGGUUUAUUAUCCACACAUGCGGGAGGUAUCCGUUUAAUAAAAUAUGGACCGCUAAGGGGACAUAUACUAGGAUUAGAAGUUGUUUUAGCAAACGGAGAAAUUCUUAAUUUAAGGAAUUGUAAUAGAAAAGAUAAUACUGGAAUUGAUUUGAAGUAAUUAUUUGUAGGUUCAGAAGGAAUUUUAGGCAUUAUAACUAAAGCAGAUAUUAAUAUAUGCAAAGUAGAUUAAUUAAAAAGUUUAUUAGUUAUUAAAUGUGAGAAUUUUAAUGAUGUAUUAACCGUAAAAUAAUAAGCUAAAUAAAUAUUAGGAAAAGAUUUAGCAGCUUUAGAAUAUUUAGAUUAAAUAACAUAUGAUAUAGUACUUAAAGAUAGUUGUGGUAGAAUUUAAGACCCUUUUUAGAAUAAUAAUAGUUUUAAUAAUCAUUAUAUUUUAGUAGAGAUUUAGUGUAAUCAUGAUAUAUAAUAUCUAUCCUAAUUGUUUUUCGAUUCUUUAAUUAGUUAAAACUUUAAUAUUGAUAAUAUCGUUAUGUCUUAAAAUGAAACUUAAUAUUAAUAACUAUGGAGUAUUAGAGAAAAUGUUGCAGAAGCAGCAGCACACUUAGGAACUUUAGUUGCUUAUGAUAUUAGUGUAAAUCCAGACAAAUUUCAUUAUAUUUCGAAAUUAAUGAGAGACAGAUGUUAAAAUAUUGCUAUUACAACUAGUUGUGGACAUAUUGGGGAUGGAAAUUUGCAUUUAAUGUUUGCUGCCUUUGAUUAGAAAUGUGUUGAGGUUUUGGAAAAAGAACAUGAGAUGUUUCUUUAUAAUUGGGUAAAGGAAAAUAAUGGAAGUAUUAGUGCAGAACAUGGGAUAGGUCUUUAAAAGAAAAAUUAUUUGAAUAUUUAUAAAGAUAGUAUAUAAAUGGAUUAUAUGAGAUAACUUAAAUAAAUUUUCGAUCCUAAUUUUAUUAUUAAUCCUUAUAAAAUAAUUUGA